UAGAUACCAAGAGAUAACAAUAGUUUGGAGCUCAAUCAAAGGUUACGAGCGUUCAUGCAAAUUGCAACCAACUUCACUGUGGAUCAUCGAGAUGAAUUGAUUGUUAGAUCCCUGAACUGUAUCGCAAGAUCAACAGGAUCGUGAAAAGCAACAGACAUACAUCGCAGGGAGAAAAACCAUUAGUCCAGAAAAAAGAAACCCAGAAAAAGAGGCAAUGCAUGCUUUAAUUUGUAUUGUGCUACUAUCUCUGAAUGUGGACUGUGAGAUAGCUGUUGUUUUGAGACCGGGAGACAAAUACAUCCACCUGGACAUGGCGAACAGCUCUGCUGCUUAUAUCUUUACCCAGACCAGAGAGGCUGACCAGGCAGCAAUUAGUUACAUAAGAGAGGAGUGGAAGAGGAUGCCGCGAAUCCUGAAAGCCUGGGACAAGGCAAACAGCACCUUGGAGCGCAACUGUGUAAUUCCACGGGGAUUACGAAGGGAGCAUCUGGUGGCAAUUCGCGCUUACACCCAUCCAUCUGCUUUGUUCAAAGCUUUCAAUGCGGCAACCAGGCAGUACGGAGUGAGCGAUGACAUUUACGAGCAGAAUUUCACUUUCAAAAGUUUCCACUACCUCCUCUCCGUCGCCCUGGAUAAGUUAAAAGGAAAGAGAUUCCAGACCUAUCGGGGAAGUGAGAAUGCAUUCUGGGCCAGGAAAGGGAAAAGUGUGCGGUUCGGACAAUUUGCUUCAUCAUCCUUGGACUUGAUGGUAGCCAAACGAUUCAUGAAGAACGUUCGAGGUGAAAACACGUUGUUUGAGAUCAAAACCAAAUUGGGAGUAAAUGUCAGCCAAUACUCGACCAUAAAGGAUGAGGACGAGGUCAUCAUCCCUCCAACAGAGGUGUUUAAUGUCAAGUACAAACCAUGUACACAAAAGCACGGGAAUAAAAAAUGGGUGAAGAUUGGGCUGCAGGCUGUGGGAUGUCAGGGCAUUGUGGUGACGGUGGAAAAAACCAGGAAAGGUUCGUUGAGAGUGAGAAGAGGACGUGGAAAAUGCCCCUCUUAUUGCAAGUGCUCUCUGGGCUGAGAGCAACUUGAGCCUGAAAUCAAGAAACUCACAUUGCUGACUCACACUGACAAUAGUCGCUUACGAUUAACAAUUCACGCUGGACAAAAUAUUCCUGCUUGCUUUGUAACUGCUAACAAAUGCUGUAUCAUUGAUAAUUCAUCAUGAUAAUUGUUCAUUUUUAUUCAUUCACAGGUUAUGGGCAUUCAUUGUUCAUAAUCAUUCAUUGUUCUGAAUCAACCACACUGCUGUGGGUUUGUAGUCACAUGUAGGCCAGAUCAGGUAAGGAUUGCAGUUUUCUUCCCAAAAAGACGUUAGUGAACAAGAUGGAGAUUCCCAGACAAUCGACAAUUGUUUCUUGGCCAUCGUCAGUCUUUUGCUUAAAACAUUUUUUAAUCAACCUGCUCAGAGAUUUUAUUACACACCACUGGAAAUUGUGGGACAGGAACCCAGACUUCCUGGCUCAGAGGGUGGGACACUACUACAGUACCCCAAAAGGCCUAUUAUUAGAGUCUCUUUUCCUUUUUAUUUCUUAUUCCAUGUUUGCUCUACGGUAAGAUGAAAAUGAAGGUGCCUUUGUGAAUAAUGUUUAUUAGUAUAUUUUUUCCACUGUCAAUAAAAUAUCCAUGUGGCUACUUCAAUAUUUGUAAGCUAAGCAUGUUAAGGCCAUUGUUAGGUUUUUUAGUUCCAAAUUUUUAUUGAAUUCACAUUCCACCAUCUGCUGUGGUCAGAUUCCAACACAGGUCUCCCAAGCAUGACCCAUAUCCCUGGAUUAAUAGUCGAACAAUAAUACCACAAGACCAGUGCCUAUCCUGUACUAAUCUAUCGAUCAGCUGUGUUUAAUAAUCAGCUAGCUAAACUCCCCUGUGCCAAUGUUGCUGUGUUGUGGCAGUGUUCCUACCUCUGGCAAACGUAAGCUAGGUUCCAAUUCUGCCCAAUUCCGGAGGUGCAUCAUGAAAUCCCUGAACUGGUUGGUUACAAGAGCGUAAGCAGGAGGGUGUUCAGCCAUUCAAUCCUAUCCUGCCAUUAAACACCAUCAUGGCCGAUCUUAUCUUUGCCUCAACUCCACUUUGCAUCACCCUUUAAACCAUUUCCAAUUCGACAAUCUCCGUAAUAAGAACAGGACAAUAUCAAAAUGGCCGCAUGGUUCUUGUGUUCAAGGCCUCAGUUCUCUUUCUGCCAUCCCUAGCUGCCUCUGUACGUCAGUUGCAUUUUAUUCUAAGGAGUUUGUGAGCCUUCCCUUCGUUAAGAGCUAGCUGAUGAUGAAUAAUUUAUUUUUUUUAAAGACCAAGGCAAAUAGAUUCCUCUUGACCCAGCGGAUAAAUGAGUAAUGGGGAGAUAUGAAGGAAUACAGAGUUGAGGUUAAAAUUGGAAGAGUAAUGAUAUUAUUGAUUGGCCUACUCUUGUUCAUUGUCCCUGAGUGUGUCACCACCUGACCCUAUCUAUCCUGGCAUCUGGUAUUCCUAUCCCAACGUUUCCCUGUAUAUGUGAACACUUAUCGCAGUAUAUUUCUCUGUAAGUAUUGUGUGCUGUGACAAUAAUAGCCUGUCCUUGUCCUAUGCAUUUCCUAAACUGCUCUUGUUUCAGUCAUCAUCGCUCCCUCGCUGUUUGACCCCCUACGUCAUUUUUUGAAUCUAUCUAUCCCCUUUAAGCACUGGUGGCUUUCAUGCACAUCAUUAAUCAUAUGCGUACCUAUGACUCUAGAUAUCCCAGUCAGUAGAACCUCAGAAUUUGAAUCAGGUCCAGGGUUCAAGCCUUUGUUUGGGCAGAGCUUUGUGGACAGGUGAUGGCCUAGGCCUAUUAUUCUAGAGAUCUGGGUUCAAAUUUCUCCAUCGUUAACUGCAGAAAUGCAGCCCAUUGAAUUGACACUAUACUGCCUGAAGAACAACUCAUCCCAUUAGCCUUGUAUUUACCAUGGUUAAUCCAUCUCCGUUGGUAUGAAGGGACAAUUUAGCAAGGCCAAUGCGCCUAAACCACACGUUUUUUGACUGUAGGAGAAAGCCCACACAGACACGGGGAGAACGCGUAAACUCGAUAGAGACAGUAACAUGAAGGUGGAAUCGAACCCGAGUCCCUGGCAUUGUAAGGCAACAGUGCUAACCACUGAACCAUAUCAGAUGGUCAAACCUAAACUCAAUAAAAAUUUGGUAAUCAAUGUUGAACGAUGAAGCCAUUGUUGAUAGCUCGGGAAAUAAACCUACCUGGUUUACCAAUGCUCUUUAUGAAAGAAAACCUGCCACUUUUACUUUGUAUAGCCUACAUGUGACUCUAAGUUAGUUGACUUUGAAUUGCCUACUGGACAUCAAAGGCAGCAAUAAAUGUUGGCCAAUCCAGCGAUGUCCAUAUCUUGUAGAAGAACAUUUUUAAGAAAUCCAUCUUCUCACGAUCAGGCAAGAGAAGUGAGAAUGAGUAAAGUUCUACAGAAUGGGAUAUGGAGAGAUAUAAAAAGGAGAGCACGAGACAGAGGUAGAAAAGACAGAGACAGCCAAACAGAGAUGGAAUAAAUGCUAAAUGCUGUGAAUGCUAGAAAUCCAUAACAAAUACACAAAUGCAGGAGAAACUCAACAGGGUCUUGCAACAUCCGUGGAGAAAGAGAGAAAGAGUUAACAGUUUUGCUCCAGGAUGAAUCUUCCUCCAAGUUAUAAGAUGAAAGAGACAGAAGCACAGGAAGCAAGACAGUGAAAGAAUGAAAGCGACAGAGAAUGAGAGAAAGGAAUAGAUGCGCAGGCAGAGGGAGACGGAGGGGAGAGGGAAUCAGUGAGAAGGAGAGAUACAAAGCACAACAAAUUGACAGGUAGAGACUGGGACAGAAAACGGGAGAGGCUGUGUAAGAGAGAGGAAGAAAGAGAUGGAGAGAGAGAAGGAAAGCGACAGAGUUGCACAAAAAAUCUCAACAGAAACACAGAGCGGGGGAAUAACAGAGAGAGAGAGUGCACGGUUAAGAGAGAGGUACAGAUGUACAAUACAGCGAGCAGCGGGAAGGACAGAAUGAAGAAUAUGCAACAUUGAAUGUUAUCAUGUCAUCAAUCCACAGUUAGAACUUGAUCAAACAACAUCAGGAAUGCACUUUCAGUCUUCAAACUUUGAGGUAGAUUGCUAUAUUUGGAAAUGACAGUGAUAAAAUUAUGUAUUUUAGAAGAAAAGUUAAGCAAUAAUUUCAUCAUUCUGACCUUUAUGUUUGUUUGAUUUGGGAGUGAUGACUAGAAUUUGCAUAAGUAGUUGAGAUGCACAACUAAUUCCUUCUUAUCAGUGCAUCUUUUAUAGGAUCAUGUACUACAGUGGUUUUGAGCAGGAACUCAUAACGCAGGGCCAAUAGUUAUCUCUAGGUCUGGCUCGUUGGAGCAUUCCUUGGGCAAAGGAACCAAUUUUCCGAAUUUAUUCUGAAUGCAUUGUCGCAAAAGUAGAUUUGACAAAUUAUAUUCCAGUUUUCCAGCUUGUGAGAAAUAAACUUUAAAUUGAUUUAA